AUGGCUAUGGACCAAACCAUAGCCGAAGGGCAAUCAGCCCAGCCAGAAACCGAACAUCUCCUCGCCUCGAAUACUACAAUGCCAUCCUUCCGGGAAACAGGACGGAUACUACGCUCAGCCUCCGUCAGCACUGUCUCAAGGCUGCUUGACUACAAUCCCUCCGGUGGGAUGUGGCAGGCGACCGGGACAGCUAUCGCGCACGCCCCAAAUGUGACAGACCUCAGAUCACCCGACGAUGUUUUCUUCGAUGUUCACGGUCGAGGUGUAAGACGAGUCAGCACGCAAGAUUCAGUCGGCGGAGCGGUAAUUCGGAGAGCGACGGCGCCCACGAUAGAGCUUGGAACCUUCCAGGAAGAGAAGAACAUAGCUGGACCGGUCGAAAGCCUACCUGAAUCUCAACUUGAUAACAACAAAAGCAACCAAGACACUAUUGCUCCUAAGGUGUCCUGGGGUACCGCCUCCAAGAAAGCUGCUCUUGCAGCAUGGAGAUUUAUUCUUACACCCACAGGCUUUUUCAUCCUGAUUUAUGGUCUCAACGUUAUCGCCUGGGGUGCCAUGUUAUUUUUCCUUUUGCUGGGCGUCGGCUCGAUGAGCAAAGAGCGCAAAGAAAUCUGGAUUGAGAUUGAUUCCCAAAUUCUCAAUGGGUUAUUCUGUCUAACUUCUUGGGGGCUGGCCCCCUGGCGCAUUCGCGACACAUAUUGGCUGCUGAUGUGGCACUUUGGCUCGGCCAGCACAUCCAAGAAAUCGAUAAUGCAUCUGGCAAAGCGAAACUCGAGCUGGUUUAGAAUGCGAGAUUCUGAAGAGUCAAGUUGCGACGAAAUGGUGGCCCCGGAGACCCUGACCGGCAAGAUUGCUCCACCUACCAAAACAUGGAAGAUGGACUUUGUCGUGAUAAACAUGUUGUUAAAUAGUUUGUUCCAAGUUGGGAUGGCGACAUUCAUGUGGGAGUACAACCGCCAUACUCGUCCGGCCUUCGGAGUUGGUCUUUUCAUUGGUCUAGGCUGUUUGAGUUCGCUUCUGGCAGGACUAACGUCAUGGUGGGAGGGCCGAAAGGUCAAACGGAUCGAGGGUGCUUUCUUUGAAACGAUACCACAGAAUGAGAAGCAGGAACCCAUAGAGAUAAUAGCCUAA